GGGAUGACUACAUUUGCGAAAUUGAGACGGGCGUUGAGUGGUUCAACGAGGCAACGUAUCUAACGCUCUUUUGAAUUGACCGCUCUUUUCAAUUUAUAAUUGUAAACUCUUUGUCAUUGUUUGAGCACAGACCUGGAACUGAAAAAUAGAUCACGGACUCCUCUCACGCUCUGCCGUUUGCAUCUGACUCGUCAGAAUUAUCACCAGAUAUCAGCAUCAAUCGUCGUACUAUGAAAGACACGCAGACUGACAAUGAUUGAGAGAAAUUCAGUUUAAUCAGAUUCGAUUGAUUCAAAUCAUUCAAAUUGGACAUUAGUCUAAAAGUUUGCAUGCACACAGCAUAAUAUGGAUGUUUGUAUAGAGGAAAGACGCGAAUACCGACAUACCAUUUUGUGUUUGGUGGUUAUAUCUUAACUUAAAGCUCGAAAUAAAAAUUUGCGUAACGGAUGAUAUUGUCGCCUUGUUUUCGCGAAUUCCGAUCCGGUGUCCUUUACGUUAAACAAGAGAACGAGCCCGAGGGGCCGCGCGAAGAACUCUCUUCCCAGACAAUGCAGAUUCAAUUAAAGUCCCCUUCUGACGUGGGAAACUUUUCCAAUCAAACUGCUACGUGCCAGCGCGCCCUUUUUGCCUUCAGUUUUUCGCCCGCAGGAUUUUUUUCUCUUCCUCCCAUCCGUCCUCAGCCGCACCUCUGUGUACGCGUACCUGGCUCAGGAUCUUAACGCGAUCGGAUAGUAAUUACGUCAAUAUCAAUUUAACAAUCUUCUAGUUUUGUUCACUUCGCUUGUGGGAACGGAAUAAUUGAUAAUGAACCGAUCGUGCAAAACUCUCUUCUCCUCGGACAGACCAAGUAGAAGAACGCUUACCGAAUCUGUAUUUGCAUUUUCUCGUUCUUACAAAGUAUACAGUGAUUCUGUAUAGAUUAUGCUGUCUUUAUUUGCAAUAUCAUGUGUAAUAUUUUUGCACAAAUUUAUUAUAUAUAUAUAUAUAUUUGUUAUAUAAUAAUUAAUCAAUUACGCUCGUAGUCAUAUGUCAAAAAUCUCGUUAAUUUAAGGAAAGAGAGAGACAAAAGGAGGGAAAGUAAUAAAAAAGGAUGAACAUAGCUUAACGUCAUAAAGAAUAGUAAAAGAGACGUGUGGAAAAUUUUGUGACUUAAAGUCGAUAAUUUGAUAGAGGUAUCCUUAAGGCAAAACUACAUGGUACACUUCCUUGGCUUCGUGUAAGCCAAGCUGUACUUGGCUUCGCACCCGCUAAAUGUCUAUCACUUUAAAAAACUACAACUUUUCCAUGGGGAGAAAUUCUAUUUCCAACUUGUUCGGAAAUAUGUAAGAGUAGUGGUAUUCCAAAGAGCGACACACAUGGGGAUGCACACAUUAAAUCGCACACAUUAAACCGCAGAUUUUUCAUGAUAUUCGUCGCUUGACAUUAACAGAAUAGUGCACGGCCACUCCCAACGACUGACGCAAUUCCAAAGUUGGUAGUUGCAAAACGUCGAGUCCCGUUGGAAAAUGUACUUGCAUUUUCGAACAUUACUCAGGAGAGAUUUUCGCGACAAAUACUUCCUUUUCAUUUGCGGUGUGCGAAGCCUUUCUUUUCGCGCCAACCUUUCCUUUAAUGUCCAUGCUGUUUCCAGGGUGUCCGGGUUCGUUUCCACGGCAGCCUGUGCGACGAUGGAUCAAACUGUUUAACAGCCCGAAAGGUUGCCGGAGUCACGGAGUACAGUCGUCUGUCUUCCUUUUCCUUUUCUUUUUCUCCGUGGUAUGUGUUGAAAUCGUUGCGGUGACUAUGCGCCCCCUGACAAUGUAUAAUAUUAAUUGACGAAAAAAUGUCUGUUUAUUCAUAACGAUCUACCUGCACGUGUUCGUUAAACGUAUCAAUGAGUAAUUUCAAAUGUGUACUCUCAGCUGUUAUGUGAAAAAAACGGACAAACACACACACACACACACACACAUGAGCUACGUCCGAUUGUGCGAAGCGAUCACGUUGCGAAACAAUUUGGAAGAUGUAUCUUAAUCAGUAUAACUAACUUUGCACUGACGUGCAUGCAAACUCGAAUAUGCAAACUUGACAAUGAGUCAAUCAGCUCCAUCGAAUCAUCGCGGCGAGCGAACGAUGAAUUGGCCGAUGGCGAUGUGAUUCGCAAAGACACGAUGAACAACUCGAUAAACGCAGAUUCUUGCGCGGGAUUUUCAGUGGUGGAACGCAACGCCGUCCUAAAAGUGUUGGAGGCGUGCGCGGACUCAUUAGUCGUCUAUCGAAAUACCCUGAAACAAGAAGCCACGAUGAAAGAAAGGCCUCUCUUCGAGAUUGGGAUCUCAGAAACGUUGAUUCCGCAGUCACUUAGCGGAGACCCUACGAUGAUGGAUUCGCGGAGAGCAACCGCGCGUGAAAAGCUUCGACGAGACAGUUUAUACGUGAGCGAUAUAAUACAGGAGUUGAGGCGGGAAAUUAGCGAGCGCGGCACUAUCGGGGUAUUGAUUAAGGAGAUUGAGAGGAUCACGUCGAUGGAAAAGCGAGGGCGUCUUUUAACGGAGGAGAACGAGAGAAUACGGACGAUUGCGACGGAGCUUCAAAGAGCAAUCGUCGAUAAAAAAGCAUCAAACGAAAAGGAGGAGGAACGCUUAACGGGCAGACUUACCUCAAUGAGGGAUGAGACGGAGAGACUGAAACUAAUUAAGGACGUGGAGAUGAGAUACGUCCGAGCGUGGGAGAAGGCACGUCGGGAACAGAACGUGUUACGUUACGAGCUGGAGAUGGACGAACGGCAAGAGACUUUGAACGAUCAUCGCAUAUGCGAGAGAAACGAAAAUUGCGUAAAUGGCGCACUGACGCGUUAUCAGACACGGCGUAUGGCGUUUAUCAAGAACCGAAUCGAGCAGUGGCGGCAACGGUACGAUCGCGAGGGUGAAAUGCACGAGAAGCAGAUCUGCAAAGUGCGUAAUGAGAUAGAAGACGCUCGAAAAUACCUGGAAAAGCUUACAACGGAGUACCGCAGUAAUCAGCAAUUCAUCGAUACGUACCUCGCGGAGCAGGCGGCGCUCAAACGGCAAAAGGAACACGAGGUUCAUGUGGAGCGUAGCACGAUCAGGAUACAGGCUUGGUGGCGGGGAAUCAUGGUGCGCCGGAAGUUGGGACCGUAUCGACCUGAGGAGAAAAAGAAAAAACGGGCUAUCAAGACGAAGAAAUAGCUUUCCUUUGGCCAAGUUGCUCUUAAACGUACCGCGUCGAUUGUAAUCUGUUUUUAUCGCUCGCCAGACGAAUGAUUAUUAAAAUUCAUCCGCGAUCUAACCGAGCUCACGGCUGGUCAAUCGAUUUAUCAUACUGCGGCUAAGUUAUUUACCCCUUUUGAAGUCUCCUGAUGAAACAUCGAAAAAAUAUCGAUUACUUAUCGAGAUGAAAUUACUAAAAGCGGAGAAAGAAAUAGACUUUUUUCUUAACUACUAUGCAUUCAUACGAGUAUUACGAGUGGUAAAAAGGGAAAAAAGCGCGCAAAUAGCGAAACACGAAACGAUCAGCGGAGCAUUACGAUAACGAAGUGCAAAUUCCAUGAAUCGCCGCCAAUGAUUGCAUGCCAAUUCGGUUCUGUGCCUCCUUCGUGACGCAACGUGAACGUACAUACACGCAACGCGCGAGAGGGCGAGUAUUGUUCACGCAAGAAUCUCAUUUCCCGUGGCACGUUUCUGAAACGCCGCAUCUGAAAACGCGCGGCGUAAUCGACGGCGUAAUAAUCGACGCGGUUACACCCGCAACACGUGCUGGAUGUGAACGUAAACACCGAGCAUAAUUUAUGCGAUGCUUUCUUUGUUAUUGUUUUCUUGAUGUUCUUUUUUUUAAACCGUGACCAAUAUCCUCGCCCGUGGCUGAAUAUAUAUAUAUUUUUUUUAAAUAAAACUAGCGUCCUGGGAAAUUUUCGCAUCUUGCGAAUAUCACUUAACGAGUGUUUUCUUAGGUAGUACAGUAUCAGGAGGUCUAACAAAGUUUAAAUAUUUUAUAUUGACUAGUGGGAUGUGUCGAGUUUGGCGACAAAAGAGUGAAACUAACAGUAACCUUGAAAUAUACGAUAUUUUUGCAUUAGCGCAGUAUAGCGCUAGUAGCCGGUAAAAAAAAGCAUAAACUAUAUAGGCUUAAGAAGCACACCGUUGUAUCGCUGUAGCGUGCACGUGCACGUCAAACUACCGUAGGCAUAAUGACACUUCACUUCCGAUAUAAAAGUCGUAAUUGCAUUCAUUUCUUCCUUCUAUACGAUGUUUCCGGAUUCUACGUGCCUAUAAUCCUGCGAAUCGUGAAUACAACGCUCGCGAUCGAUAAUGUAGCAAAAAAUAUUAUAUAUAUAUAAUAAUAGAGGUGCAUACAUCGUGAAAAA